UCAAACGCGAUUGUAUUAGUUUUCCUAACCUCGGUUGUCGUAGUUGUCAAUCGCGGUUAAAAAUUCCGUUUUUACAAUCAUUGUUUAAAUGUAUCAUUAAUAUCUAAGGUUCUAUAAAAGAAUUUCAUAUCGAUUAAGAAAUAUUGCGAACAAUACAUAAUUAAAAGCUUUAAGAAAUGUGUUUUAUAUCCGGAAAAUCUACUUUCACACUAACAGUGAUAAAACAAUCUUAAUAAACAAAGUGUAUCUUGAAGAAAAUAGCGAUUAUGGAGAGUACUCAAUCAUUGUACCUAAGCCUCUUUAACGAAGACAAAAGCAAUGUCUUGAAAGAACUGUUACAUGCAUGCGUGGACGAAAUCUGUGGUCGUCCAGGACCAUCAUAUCAUAAAUUCAUUAAUAGCAUGGAUUGGAACAAAACAGAAUACGAAGGAAUUUAUAAGCUAAUAUCAUCAUUGUUACGGAAUCCUGCUUCUCUGUAUAUGAUAGAGGAAAAAAUGCCACAAGAAUAUCAUGAAUUACCCGAGCAAGUGCAACAAAACAUUCUUACUUGCUUAAAAGUACGCAGGGAACAUUUAACAAAUGCUUUAUUAAGGAAACAUUACAAAAGGAAGCUACCAACUGUAAUUGAUUUAGAUUGGAGAUUAAAGUUGAUAAUGGGUUCGAGCAAGAUGGCUUCAUUACGGGAAUUCCUUCUUCAGUUAGAUCUAAUAGUCGAAGAUACAGAAUCUCAACAAAUCAUAAAUUUAGAACUGAACAAGGACGAACUAGAUACAGUGAUAAAUGCUUUAGAAGCGAUAGUGUAAUAUAUUUUCUUUUUUUUUUUACAAAUAAAAAAAGUGUCUAUAAACUCUUAGGCAUCAAUAUUAUAAUAAUCAUGGGAUAGAGGUUCUGUGAUGAAAUAAAUGCUUGCCGCUGA